GAUGAAGCGGGUCGAGGCGUAAAAUCGCGAAACUUCUGCACAUCUAACCCCAAAAAAAACGCUUCUAGUUCUUUCUCUCGCGCUCGCCUCUUCUCUCACACAUACACACACAGUGGUUAGUUGUGGCUAUGGCGGAUGAAGACGAAGAGAGGGUUGUGGAAGAGCAGCUCCACUUCCAGCUUAACGAACAGAAGGAAUCUCUCGCAGCCGUCUUGGAUGCCCUCUCCUCCGACCCCUCCAACCCCGAACUUCUUUCUGUUCAUGUCGAGCUUGUUCAGGCCAUCAAAGAUGCUGAGGAGGGGCUUUUUCAGCUGAAAAGAGCAAGGUUGCUACGAGAGGCUGACUCUGUUCUGCAAGCUUCACUGAGUUCUGAUGAUGUCAAGGUGGAGCCUCUGGAUCCAACAGAUGUUGAAGCUAAACUGCUGGUGGAUGAAAGUUACUCUGUUGGAUCAAAAUGUAGAUUCCGUCAUACUGAUGGACGGUGGUAUAAUGGCCUCAUUGUUGGGUUGGAAGGUUCUGAAUCUGCAAAGAUAUCUUUCCUUACUCCAACAUCUGAAAGCAUGUUGAUGUGCAAGUUCUUUCAACAGCAACGUUGUCGGUUUGGUAGUAAUUGCCGCUUAUCACAUGGAAUUGACAUCCCACUAUCUUCGUUGAAGAAGUAUAUUCCUACGACAUGGGAGCAAUCACUGGUGGGUUCCAGUAUCUGGGCCUGCUCGGACUCUAAGUCUGGCAUCUGGCGGGAAGCUGAGCUAGAAUCAUGGGAUGAGGAACUCAGAAUCUGUGAGGUAGUUUUUCGAGAUGAUGGAAAUUCAGCAAAGCUGGGAACUGAAGCUAUUACUUUGUCUGAAUAUGCCCAGAUGAGUGAUGAAGAAGAGUCUGACAUGAGCUAUGAGGAAUCUGAUUCUAGCGACUAUGAAAAUGACAGCCCGCAAGGGUUGGGAUUUUUAGAAAGCACAACCUUGCAGAGAGGCGUCCAGACAGAAACUGCCAUUUUUGCCAAGUGGGAGAACCACACGCGAGGUAUUGCUUCCAAGAUGAUGGCAAAUAUGGGUUACCGUGAAGGAAUGGGUUUGGGUGCAUCUGGACAGGGAAUGCUGGACCCUAUUUCUGUGAGGGUUCUUCCACCAAAGCAAUCUCUUGAUCAUGCUGUCAAAACUCUUGAAAAGGAAGAAAAUAAGGAGGCUCGGUUAAAGAAACGUACUAGGGGUGGCAAGAGGAAACGUGAUAAGAAGUUAGCAGCAGCAGCUAGGGCUGCUGAAGAGGAAGAGGAAUCAAAAGAUGUUUUCUCUCUGAUUAACACCCAGCUUGCUAUGCACGGACAAAUCCUAAACAGCAGCUCGACAAAAAAGCAGCAGAGUAAGGCAAAUGGGGAGGCAAAGAAAGAGGACAGGCGAGCUCUGCUUGCUUAUGAAGACGAGAUAAAGAACUUGAAGUUGCAAAUGGAAAAACUGGAAGAAAUGGCGAACCGGAACAGGAAAGAGAAGGUGGUAUACGAGGCUGCUCUUAGGAAGCUCAAUGAAACUCGAAAAGCACUGGCUGAUGCUGAGGAGGCUCAUGCAUCCACAUCAAAUGCAGUUGCUAGAAAAGAGAAAGAGAAGAAAUGGCUCAAAUUUUGAAGGUGUUAAAUGAGGACCAGGACACGAAUGAAAAUACAACUUGAAUUGAUUUGUCCCCAGCUGAUGAUGUUCUUGCUACUAUGUUUCUUAAGUUUCUUACAAUGGAAAUUAUUGCUACGGCAGGGUUAUCAGUCGAGCAGAGAUGCGCUCACCAUUGUAUUACAUGCUGCACCCAGUGCUUUUAAUGCCGAAUGACUUGAGAAUUUUAUCACACCCCCUUUUACAGGAUAUGUGGUAUGAAAUGAAACAGGUGAUGCAAUAUGCAGCAGAUGUGACAUGGAGGUGACGGUGCUGGGCCUAUCUUUAACAACAGCAAAGCACAGGUGAGCAAUGCAUAGGCAAUGUGGGCUACAAGAAAGGCACAAUUCUAUUUUAAUUUUGUGAAUCCAGCGUUUCUUACACCAACAAAGGAAUCGGUCCUACACCCUACCAAGAUUCCAAACACACUCAUCAUAUACAUAUGUUAUCUGUGUGUGUGUGUAAUAAAACUCACUUGUUGAUGAUUAAUAUGAGUAAUUGUGGGAUACCAUCCAAGUCCAACUAUUAAAAGGGUAUUCCACCCUUCAAUUAUUGAGUAGAUAGUACAGCUAAUUUGCCCCAAAAGACAAUUAU